GAUUCCGACCAAUUGAAUGAUUCUAUGUGCUCGCACCGUGACUGAUGGUUGAGCUUGAUUUAAAGACAUUAAUUAGCGCUCCUUUAGUCGUGUGCCGAAUGUUCAGUCUAUAGUCGGUCGCUUAUUGUAGUCUCUCUACAUCUGCAGACAAAAAUGGAUUCUCCUUUGACCGUACUUUACCCGUUAUGCGAUAUGAAGAAUUGGAAGUUACAAAAUCUGUACAGAACGUUUAGUCGGAAAAAAGAAGUGGAUCUUCCUCAGGAUACAAAUUUGGCGAGAUGUCUGUCAACAUUGGAUCUCACAGCUCUCGGAAUAGGUUCAACUCUCGGCGUGGGUGUGUACGUUCUCGCAGGGUCCGUUUCAAAAACAACCGCAGGGCCAGCCGUAAUAAUUUCGUUCGCUAUUGCCGCAAUCGCGUCCAUGUUCGCAGGUCUCUGUUACGCGGAAUUUGGUGCAAGAGUUCCACGUGCUGGAUCAGCAUAUAUAUACAGCUACGUAACGAUGGGAGAAUUUACAGCUUUUCUGAUCGGUUGGACGCUAAUUCUCGAAUACGUAAUUGGCUCGGCUAGCGUAGUACGAGGACUGAGCACCUACGUGGAUAACUUGUUCAACAACACUAUGCGAAAUGCGUUUGAAACGGCAGCGCAUAUCGACAUCAAUCACCUCUCUUCUUAUCCGGACUUCUUCGCCUUUGGGAUCACUCUAAUCUUUUCUGCUGCGCUGGCGUUCGGAGCAAAGGAGUCUUCGGUGGCGAACAAUAUCUUCACCCUUACAAAUCUCAUGGUAGUUUUAUUCGUGAUAAUCGCCGGAUCUCUCAAAGCUGAUAUAACCAAUUGGAAAACGAAGCCCACGUGCACGGAAGAAAAAUGUGAUUACGGAAGUGGAGGAUUCGCGCCUUAUGGCAUAGCGGGUGUUAUAACGGGAGCAGCAACGUGCUUUUACGGAUUCAUCGGUUUCGAUUGCGUCGCUACAACGGGAGAAGAAGCGAAAGAUCCCCAAAGAUCGAUCCCAAUAGCGAUCGUUGCCUCGUUGACCGUCGUCUUUCUAGCAUAUUUCGGUGUCUCUAUGGUGUUAACCACCGUCCUUCCUUACUACGAGCAGGAUGCAGAAACCCCGUUUCCUCAUCUAUUCGAGAGUAUCGGUUGGAACUGGGCGAAAUGGCUGGUAACCGUAGGUGCUAUUUGUGGUCUAUGUUCCAGUUUACUGGGUGCGAUGUUUCCCUUGCCGCGAAUUAUUUAUGCAAUGGCAUCCGACGGAUUGAUAUUCGAGUGGAUGGGAAAAGUUAAUUCACGAUUUCAUACGCCUCUCAUGGGUACCUUCUCAGCAGGGAUUCUCACAGGUGUACUAGCUGCGAUAUUUGACUUGCAACAACUCGUAAAUAUGAUGAGUAUCGGAACAUUGCUCGCUUAUUCGAUCGUCGCAACAUGCGUACUAAUGCUUCGGUAUGAAAAAAGCGAAGCGUAUGAAAAAAAGGGAGAUCGCGAUCCAAGAACCUUGACAUUCAUUGCGAAACAAUUAAUUAACGCUAAUGGUUUAAAUCAUUCUACAAAAUUAACAUCCCAAAUCGUUACGUGUCUUGUCGUGUGUUAUGAUGUUCUGUGUAUUUGCGUCGGCAUUACUGUUUCGAUUUUUAUCAAUGAAAUAACGAGCGGUAAUGUUACAUUUGUCGCUCUAUUAGCAAUUCUACUAUUAGCUCUAAUCAUUACUCUUACGUUUAUUUAUCUUCAACCUUCUUCUGGAAAGAAGCUUGCCUUUUCGGUUCCGUUAGUGCCAUUUUUACCUGCUUUCAGUAUUCUUAUUAAUAUAUAUCUUAUGAUGAUGUUAGACAAAAUGACUUGGGUGAGAUUUUUAAUAUGGAUGAUAGUUGGACUUGGAAUAUAUUUCUGUUAUGGUGUUUGGCAUAGUAAAAUGAGGAAAGAUAAAUGCAAGAAAUUACCUGAAAACAGUUGUGAUAACGGAGCAACAUGGGAAACCAACAAUUUUGCCAGACUUCAAUGAUACACUAUUUCCUGUAUUUUAUUUUCAUAAUAAAAGUUUUGUAUAUACCCCCAAAGUUA